GAAACAUCAUCCAGACCUGAACAAUAUCGACGCUACUCAAGCAAUAUCGUUUUCGUAAAACGCAUCAAGAACGCGGCAUUGUGUUCAAAUCGCUCGCAGAUGUAUUUCAUUUUGAUUGGAUAUUGAGAUGUCCUCUUAUCCAGAUACCGCGACCCCGACUCAAUUGGCGGCUGUUGAAGAGAGACUUGUGGGCCGAAAACUGCGUCUGGCGGGCAAAUUACUAUCGUAUGAUCCUGUCACAGGACUUGGUAUCCUCCUGGACCGUGACGCUGCCGUCCUAGUGGAUGUGUCGCUCUGUGUCGACCACUGGUCGGGUCAAUGGGUUCGAGAGCGACUGGGGGUAAUUAUGGUGAUAGGGCAUCUGGAAAAGAGUGAUGAGGAAAUGCCGAUACCGACGAUUCCGUCAUUUGCUCCCGCGCCAGCUCUUGAUCCCCACUUGUUUCUUCGCGCAAUACUUGCAACAAAGGCGGGGGACCUUGAUUUGGAGAUAUGGAAUAAGUCUAUCGAAGCCUUAGCUUUGGCCGAGAACGUGAAUGCUUGAGCACGCGAUUACGAAGUACGCCUCUGUCCACGUACCACAGAAUAAUGAAAAGAAUUUUACUGGCUGUUUCUGUGCUUCAGCUUGCCGUUGAUUUUUCUGACAAUUUAAUGACAUG